AUGAACAAUGCCUCGCAAGGGGCCUGCAAUUCAACAACACUGAAUCAGGCCAGUUCCAGGAUUUUUAAAGCUGUAGACACCCUGACCAACCAACUGUCUUGUGAGGGAGGCGACAACCAAAGCCUUCCUGAAGACAUGUUCAGAGAGCUGCAACAAGACCUCAGACAGAUAGUGAACUUGGCCUUAAAAGUCUUCCUUCAUUUGGGCACCAAUGAAUCAAAGUCUGAGGUCCUGGAUGUCUUUGGAGCUUUGAACAGUCUCAACACUGAUAACGUUCAGAGUGUAGAGUUCAUCCGCUUGUGGUUCAACAUCCAGCUGGUACCUCUUUUACCCCAUAUUACCGGAGACUUCAUGACCCUGUUGAGCACAAGAGACUUCAGCUGCAGCUCCUAUCAGCUGGAGGUUUUGAACGUCCUCUCACCAAGCCAGAAAGCUGAGCUGAUACUGGACCCAAGCACUGGCGCUCUGGAGAAUGAGACUCUUGUGAAGAAGGUUUUCAUCAGCUUGCUGGAAUCUCCAAGGGAAGAGCAGCUCAAUGAGUUCUUUGUGACUUUUGUUGAAGUCACCAAGCAGGAAAACAUCACCAUCAUCACAAACACAGCCGUAAGAGACACAAUGCUAAACCUGACCUUGAUGGCUCUUGCUCCCAAAUUUGACGUCUUUGAGCCAAAAGACUUCCAGCUGUGGUUCCAAGUCAAUCUGGUUGUUCUGCUGGCCAGCUUCAAUCCUGGCAGAUUGGUUGUUAUCCCCCUAAACAUCACCUGUGAAUCCUACAAUGCCAUAUUCACGGGUCUCGACCAAAGUUUGGAAUCUCUUCCGCCUCACCUCUCACAGGGUGUGGAGUCAAGCUUGGAUGCACUGAUGAAGACAUUCCAACGUUGCUCAAGGCCUCCAGCUUUAAUUGUGUGCAAAGAAACAUUGGUCAAUGAGAAACAACUUUGUGCUGGAUUUAACAGCACACAACUGAAGCAACAAAUGUCCUUUGGCAAUUCCUCUGAAUCCCUUUGCAAUUUCAACGUCUCUGAAUAUGCCUGUUCCUCAGUAAGCUUUUUAAACUCUUCACUGAAUGUUGUCAGUAGCAACAGACACAUUUCUCUCAUCCGCAUCGUCUUUGUUGAUGUUACUCAUGUUGAUGUCACAGUUGUCUAA